ACAGGUGUCUAAGAAAGAUGGCAGCCUUGUCGGAUUUAACAAAUGCAGACAGAACAAAGUUGGCUUUCUCAGUUGGAUCGGGAAUUCAGGGAACCUAUGGACCCUUCAACACAGAAGUCACCUUGAGCUUUACCAAAGUGUUAACAAAUGUUGGAAACGCCUACAGUCCCCACACUGGAAUUUUCAAAGCACCAGUGAGAGGCGUCUAUCACUUCUCAGUUUCUGUCUUUGGGAACAGUGACACUUAUGUUGCAGUAUAUUUAAUGAAGAAUGUGCAGCGAAUUUUUGGAUUGUCAGAGUCUCCUAAAGGAUCCAACAUGUCUAUUAGCCGAGCUAUCAACCUACUACUGGAAAAGGGCGAUGAGAUUUACUUAAGGCUUCAUACCGGCUGUCAGAUUUAUGAUGAUGGCCAAACAUACAACACUUUCAGUGGUUUUCUCCUUUUCCCAAUGUAAAUUUAUAUAGAGAGAAUAUGAGGGUUAUUUGUUCUGCAGGUUGAUUGCUGCAUAUGAGGGUUCUGGAGGAACACUGUCUCAUUUCGCUGUGUACUGCCUGAGAUAUAUGUGGUUUAAAUAACAAUAAAAGCUUAUUUACUUCACUUGACUUGAUGAAAGUAGGAGUCUGAGACCAAGGAUUUAAAAAAAUUAAAUAAAA